AUGGCCACAGAAAAACAAAGAGAGUCCUACGACAACUUGAGCAGGCAGAAUAACUACUAUACCUACAACCAAGUCAACCAAGUCAACCAAGUUCAGAACACACUACACCAUCCGCACCUCACACUCUCACACACUCAUUCGCUCACACACACACUUACUCUCUCUCACACUCAUUCUCUCACUCAUUCACUCAUUCACCCUCAGCCACACCCUCAUUCUCACUCUUAUUCUCAUAAUGCAAACCAUAAUAUUCAGCACAACUCUCAUGGCAUUCACAACCCGCACAUUCACCAAGAAAAUCCUUAUAUAUUUGACAUGGAUCAAGUAUCCUCUCCCUCGCUAUCAUGGAGCCAGACCUCACGCACAGUCAUACCAUCCAAUUUCCCGCCAACGCCAACACCAACAAUCACCACCACAAACACAAACACCAUCAAAACCGAUUCUGAAUCCGAGACCACAAUCGCAAAUGCAACAAUCUCAAACUCAGUCUCGGUCUAUUCUCCCACCAUCAACAAAAGCAGUAAUAAUAAUAACACCACCAACAACAACAACAACAAUAACAAUAAUAAUCAUUCUACUGCCAUUAGUACUCUAAUAAAUGACCCCGCACAUCUGGAUCAUGCACUCUCUCAAGACUCUAUUGUGCCUAUUGCUCCAAAUGUACCAAAUCACAGAAAUAAAUUGGCAACAUCUCUAUGGGAAGAUGAAGCAACACUCUGUUAUCAAGUAGAUGCCCGAGGAAUUUGUGUAGCCCGAAGACAAGAUAAUGACAUGGUUAAUGGUACAAAGUUACUCAAUGUUACUGGAAUGUCGAGAGGUAAACGCGACGGAAUUCUCAAGAAUGAAAAGAGUCGUGUCGUAGUAAAAGUUGGUGCAAUGCAUCUCAAAGGAGUAUGGGUGACAUUUUCACGCGCAAAGUUUUUGGCCGAACAACACAACAUUGCUCAUGAACUACACCCGCUUUUCGUUGAUGAUCCUGGACUCUAUUUCUUUCGCAAUUCUCUGCCCUUGCCUCCAGUACCAAACUAUUAUCUUGCGUCUGAAUCAUCAAACGACUAUAUUUCUCAAGACAUGUAUUCUCAUACACAUUACAACAAUUAUCAGCAUAGCCAUCACCACCACCAUCACUCUCUCAAUAUCCAUUCUUCGACACCUGUACCCCUCGCUGAGCUUCCGUCUGUACCACCUGUACCGUCCAUGAUACCUAUGCAACAUGAGUCGAACCUUUAUGGCUACAAACAAGACACACACAUUUACGAUCACGGCCAUAGCAACAGCAACAGCCAUGACCAUGGUCAUAACCAUAACCAUAACCAAAAUUAUGAUGGUUGUUAUAUGGAUGAAAAGAAAACUCAACAAUUACGCCCAUUGUAUGAAGCACCACAUCCAACUCACAUCUCAUUUCAGAGUCCAAAUUCACAAGGCAUCGAUCAACAGCACGCAAUUCACUACAACACUUUCUUUUAAUGUACAUAUAUACAUAUAUACAUAUAUACAUUACGCACACACACACACUCACUCACUCACUCACAGUUAUAAACACGCACGUAUACUACAAAUACAUCUACACACUACCCACCCACUCACACGAGCACACAUACAUACAUACAUACACACACACACCCAAAUUCAUCUUUUCUUUUCUCUUUAUUUCUUCUUUCUGUUAUUCUUUUACUAAGCUAAAUUUCAUGCUGGUAUAUAUAUACAUAUACAUACAUACAUUCAUACAUACAUUCAUACACAAAUUGUACACAUUU